AUGCCGCCAAAGAACAAUCGUAUUGUUGCAGCAGCCACCAUGGCGACAUAUUCUUCCGAUAUUGAUCACGACCACGACGACCUGCCUGACCUAAGUGCCAUUCUCGCUCCUCGGCCAUUGAUGGCAACAAGUGGAAACGCAAACAUACGACGCUCACCAAGGAAAAACGGUUCUACCGUACAGAAUACGACACAGUCACCAGAGAAGAAGGAGAAACGAGAGGCAAUAACAUCAGUCAGCCGGUCUGGAAGAGCAAAGGGAUUGAGAACAGAGGGAGAUGACAUUCCUGGGGUAUCUCGACAUGGAGGAAAGGCGAAGGCGAAGCCCAAUGCCAAUGUCAAUAUAAGCGCAUCAUCCAACAACAGCCAAUCUCCAGAAGUGUUGCGGGCUCAAAGACCAUGGCCUCUUCCGCAUCUGGACUCCUUGAUGUUACCGUCGAGUUUGCAACUGAAGAAAGAGAAUGACAAGGCAAUCUUGAGCAAUGAAAAUCAGUCGAUCAUGGCUCUGAUGACAACAGCGGGUCGGUCUCAGGAAGACACGAAACAGCAAAAGUCUCGGACUCUAAAACCCCAAGGAAAGAGAGCUAGCCAGCCAGCCAGCCGUGCCAGCAGAUUCAUCUUGCAUGAAGCACGGUGUAAUGACGAUCUCGCAAACUCUGCAGAUGAAGAAGACAAUGAAGAUGAAGACACAGAUUUGAGUGGGUUUAUUGUCGACGAUGACGCCGAAUUGAGUUAUCAUGACUGGUCGAAUUCGGACUCUGAUUCGGACUUUGGCAUUGAGAGUAAUGAUGAUGAGGAGGUGAAGGUACAACAAACCAAGCCGCGAAGAAGACGACUCAUGCGUGGAUCACCGACGAGGAGGAAGCUGAGCUUUGUGGACAACGAUGAUUCGAACUCAGGAAAAGAGUCUGAGAGCGAGGACAAGAGAGGUCGGCAUGAUGACCACGAUGGACUAAUGGAGGCGUUCACCAACCUGGAUCUGCAAGAUAAAUCAUCAAAGAAAAAGAGCAAUACCCUCACUGAUGCAGAAAUCGAAGUCAUCGAUCUCACUUCAUCUCCCAGCCUCUCACCCAAAUUACGAUUUGACCCCGACCCCGACCUCAUUGAGCAGCCGAUCUCAAGACACCGCCCAACUACUUCGCACAAACGAUCCAAAGCUCCUUCAGAUAUUUCGAAUCUAUUCGAUGAUUUUGACAGAGUCUUGACACUUGCACCUCCCUCUGCACCUCCGGCUCUGAAGAUCCCAUCCAAAACUUCUACAUCUACAUCUCAUGCCAUUCCUGUCAUGGAAGACAAUGGAGAUGGCGAUCUCAAGCACGAAAGGAACGAGACCAAAGAUCACUUCCAGACUCCUCCAGCAACACCACCACAAUCUCCCACCAAGCUCAAAUCUCCUUCAAAACUUCUUUCUCCAUCCAAGCGACAGAUCAUCCCUCAUUCACCACAUCGUCAAAGCAUGGACGCUUUCUGGGAUCACAAUGUGAUCAACGAUUGGAAUGACGAAUACUCACCCAAGAAAGAACCCGCCAGAUCACCUCGAAAAUGGUUGGAACAGUUCCAGAUCUGGACCGAUGACGAAAGUGACAGCCACAAUGAUAGUGACAUUGAGAAAUACUUUCUCGACGACAGCACCGGCUCUUUGCCUAGCCCAGUUGCUAAAUCUCCUCGAAAACCACAAGUUCCACGAUCUCCCGCCAAAAGUCCAGAAAAAGAAGAGAAACGCAGACUCGCAGAACAAAACAAGGUCAGGAUCGCCGCCAAAAGAGCAUUCGACUCGAAAAAGGAGGAGUUGGCCAUGUCUUUGUUCAACGAACUCGACAUGCACGUAGCCAACGGCCAGCUUUCAACCAUGGCCAGCUCCACCGGAGGAGUCAAGAUCAUCUGGUCACGAACGCUUCGAUCAACCGCCGGACGAGCCAAUUGGAAGAGAACAGUUGACAAAACAUCCAACUCGCCCAUCAAAAGCGAGCAAAAAUCCAAAUACAAAGGCGUCCCUGGCAUCAAUGUCCAACACUUUGCAUCGAUCGAACUCGCCGAAAAGGUCAUUGAUCGAGAAGAGCGACUUGUCAACACGCUCGCCCAUGAAUUCUGCCAUCUCACCAACUUUAUGAUCUCCGGCGUCCGCGACAAUCCUCACGGAGCGAGUUUCAAAGAAUGGGCCGCCAAAGCCACUCGUCACCUUCAAAACAACACUACCAACCCCAUCUGGCGCCAGGUUCAAGUCACGACGAAGCAUAGCUAUGCAAUCGACCAUAAAUAUCUGUGGAUCUGCUCCGGUCGAGACAAGACUCAGGCAAUGGAAAUGUUGAAUAUUGCAGAUGGUGAUGAUCAGGGUUGUGGUGCUGAAUAUGGACGACAUAGUAAGAGUAUUGACACGGCGAAACAGCGAUGUGGUCGGUGUCGUGGUGUGUUGGUUCAGGUGCGACCAAAGCCUCGUGCUGCACCGGGUUUGGGUGCCAGUCCGAGAAAGAAGAGAGAUGUUAAGAAAGUCGAUACGGGAAGUAAUAGGGCUGUCAGUGGUGAGACUGAUGAUAGUAGUGGAUCUGGAUCGAGUCAAGGAGAUGGGUCUCAGUCGUCGUCGACAACCACGACAAUGUCCACGACCACUUCACUGUCAAUGUCAGCAUCGAUGAUUGAUAUCGUUGAGUUGAGUGAUUGA